AUGCGUCACGUCGCGGUGGACUACGCCCGCCGGCGGAAGGCCGCGAAACGUGGGGAGGGAUGGCAGCGCGUGACGCUGUCGUCCGUGCGUGGCGGCGGGGACGUGGCGGACGACGAGCUGCUCGAUCUCAAUGACGCGCUGGAGCGCCUGGAGCGCGCGAGCCCGCGUCAGGCGAGCGUCGUGGAGAUGCGGUUCUUCGGCGAGAUGACCAACGCGCAGGUGGCGGAGGCGCUCGGGGUCUCCGAGCGGACGGUGCAGCUCGAUUGGCGCGCCGCCCGGGCGUGGAUUCGCGCCGAGCUCGACGGGGAGCGCGACCGCGAGGCCUUCCUCGACGAGGCGUGCGCCGGCGACCCGGCGCUGCGCCGCGACGUGGAACGCCUGCUCGCCUACGACGGGGAUUCCUCCGAGUUCCUGCCCCGCGGCCGGCGGGCGGCGGCGCCGCCGGCCGCGGGGGACGCGCCGCCGCGGCGGAUCGGCCGCUACGCCGUCGAGUCGGUGGUGGGUCGCGGCGGGAUGGGGGUCGUCUACCUCUGCACGCAGGACACGCCGGUGCGGACGGUGGCGGUGAAGCUGCUCCGCGCCGCGUGGGCGGGUGACGCGGAGGCGUCCCGCCUGCAGCGCGAGGGGCAGUUCCUCGCGAGCCUGCAGCACCCGAACAUCGCGCACGUGUUCGACGCGGGCGUCGCCGAGGUGACGGGCGCCGACGGGUCGCGCUCCCGCCAGCCCUUCGUCGCGAUGGAGCACGUCGACGGCGUGCCCAUCGACAAGCACGCGGAGGCCGCGGGCCUGGGCGACCGCGAGCGGUGGCGGCUGCUCGCGGACGUGUGCGACGCGGUGCGCCACGCGCACCAGCGCGCCGUGAUCCACCGGGAUCUCAAGCCGUCGAACAUCCUCGUCGACGGCGACGGCCGGGCGCGCGUGCUCGACUUCGGGAUCGCCGCGGACGCGGGCGAGCGUCGCGACGGCCCGCGCCCCGGCCUGACGGGGACGCUCGCGUACAUGAGCCCCGAGCAGCUCGCGAACCCCGAUGCGGCACCGGACACGAGAUCCGACGUCUACGCCCUGGGCGUGACCGCGUACAAGCUGCUCACGGGGGUUCUGCCGCACGAUUUGGAGGGCCUCACGCUCGCGGAGGCGCUCGCGACGGUGCGGUCGACGCCCGCGCGCCCGCCGAGGGCGGCGCGGCCCGAUCUGCCGCCCGAGGCGGCGUCGUGCAUCGAGCGGGCGAUCGCGUGCGACCCCGAGGCGCGGUACGCGUCGGCCGAGGCAUUCGCGGAGGACAUCCGGGCGUUGCUCACCAACCGCCCGGUCGGGGCGCACGGGCGGUCGUUCGCGUAUGUCGGCCGGAAGUUCGCCUCGCGCCACGCCGGGGCGCUCGCGGGCGUGGCGGUGGCGUGCGUCGCGGUCCUGACGGGGCUCGCGCUGAUGGGCUUCGGGUACGUCCGCGCCGAGCGUGCUCGCGCCGAGGCGGAAGCCAACGCCGCGAACCAGCGCGCCAUGGCGACCUACCUCGAGGCGGUCAUCUUCGGCGCCGACCCGGAGCUGGGCGGGGCCGGGCUGUCGUACAUCGACGCCAUCGGCCACGCCGCGAACCGCAUCGACGACACCCUCAUCGAGCACCCGGUCGCCGAGGCGCACGCGCGGUCGCUGGUCGGGUUCGUGCUGCGCCGGCACGGGCGGUACGCCGAGGCCGACGCGCACCUACGCCAGGCGCUCCGGCUCCGGCUUUCCGAGCUGGGCGAGGGCCACCCGCUGACCGCGAAGUCGCGCCAGGACCUCGCGAUGCUCAUCUUCGAGCACGCGGGCGCGGCCGACGAGGCCGCGGCGCUGAUGGCGGUCUCGGUCGAGGCGUUCGCCGGCCUCCCGGGUCACGCCUCCGAGGAGGCCUGGGCGCGAACGGCGCUCGGCUCGAUGCGCCUCGCGUCGGGCCAGCGGGACGCGGCGCUCGCGGAAUUCGAGGAAGCCGAGCGCCUGAUGCGCCGGGCCUACCCCGGGCCGUUCUCGUUCUACGCGGGCUACCCGGCGCGGGGGCGGGCGGAGGUGUACAUCGGUCAGGGGCGGCACGCCGAGGCGCUGGCGCUCGUGCGUGAAGCAACGCAACGUGUUGGCGCGACGCCCAGCUCGGAAUACCUCUUGUGCCUCCUGCGACUGACCGAGGCCCGCGCGGCGCUCGGGCUCGGGGAGCUCGACGGGGCGGCGCGGGCGCUGGACGAAGCGGAGCGCUCGCUCGCGACGGGGCUCGACGCCGAUCACCCCUACCGCGCGGAACUCCUGAUUGAGCGGGCGGCUCUCGCGAUGAUGCGCGACGACUUCGAGGCCGCCUCGCGCGCCGUCAACCGGGCGCACGCGAUCCGCCUGGAGCACCUCGCGUCGAGCCACUGGAUGCUCGACGAGACCCGCGUGUUCCGGUCGCUGAUCGCCUUCUCUCGCGAGGGCACGCGGGAGGUGUACCCCCUGCACGAUCCCGCGACGAAGCGGCUCACGGCCCGCCUGGGCCAGACGCACCCUCGGAUCCUCUGGAUCAUGCGCACCGCCGCCCGGCUCGCCGAGCGCGCGGGCGACACCACCCGGGCGGAGAUGCUCCGGGAGUGGCUGGACAAAGCGGAACAGAGAGCCAGGGAACAACCGCGCCCGUGA